AAUCAUUCAGCUUCUCGCUCGCUUGUCGUGUGCUCGUUGGAUCAGCGACUGCUAUCGGACGGAUUGAAGGGUCUUCUGUCGCUGGCCUAUUUUAAGACUCCUUUGUUUGUGUAUAAUACAUAAAAUAUCUCAAUAAUUAUUAAUUUUAUUUAAAUACAUAGGAUAAUAAGUAGACUUAAAAUUGAAAAAUAUAAUUAUAGCAGCAUAUAAUUAUAGAAACUUUAUAAUAAUUAUAUUAUUGAACACGUCGGUGUUACGAUAUAUUUAUUAAAGGAAAUAGUGUAUAUUGAAAAGAAUGAACUUAAAGUACUAUACGUGUUUAAGAUAUGUGUAAAAAAUGGUUUACAAACCGUUUAAUUGACUUCGAAAUUAUGAGCCGCCAUUUUGUAAUGCUACAAGCAAGGCGUGGCACAUGAUUGUGCACCACGUCAUCUCACCUUGUUGAAAUUAACACGCAAUAAUUAAAGCAUGCCCCGCAUAGACCCCAUCCAGUUAUUAAAUUGCCUCAGUGUGCUUAUGUCACCGAAUGGAGGCAUCAAAAGCAGGGACGAAGUUCAUAGAUUAGCUGGCUUAAUGACCAAGUAUUCCAAGAAGCUAGUAUCUAAGUGUAUAUAUAUACAAAUACUUAAAUGUACAGAGAAUGAUUUGUUAGGAUUAUUCAUGGGAUCCGGUGGUUGGCGUUUGGUGCACAUGUGGCUCACUGAGAGCAUAGUUGCUCAGAACUGGCCGCUUGUGCGAGAACUGUUAGAGUUAUUACUAUUGUGUCCUGUUGAUAUAGAAAGACUUAAAACUAACAACUGUCCUAAACUUGUCAAGGAGCUGUCGAAGGAUGGGAAUCAUUUUGCAAUCAGAGCUCUGGCUUCAAAGCUAGUUGAACAGUGGCUCAAAACGGUCAAAGGUGAACAUGUAAUAAGCAUCCAAUUAACAGAUAUAUCAAAAAUAAUUGCUGAAGCCCAAGUAGAAGUAAAAACAGAGACAAUUAAUCUUGAUGCUUCAGAUAAUGAAAUAGAAAAGAAACCUGUAGAUUUAGAAAAUUCUGUGAUUGUUGAAAAUGGUAUUAAAGAGGAAAUAACUGGAAUUGAAUCUGUUAAUUCUACAAAUAUUAUUAAUGAGCCUGUAGUAAAAGAGGAAAUUAAAGAGGAGGAUACUUUGCCUGUACUGAAAAUUACUCUAAAAAAUGGUAAACAGGUAGUAACACAAGUUGAAGAUGAUGAUAAAGUCCGUGAGGAUACACCUGAAAAAGAUAAAAGCAAAGAUAAGCAUAGAAGUAAAAGUAAAGAUAAGUCGCAUGAUAAAAAUAGGAGCAGUAGCUCUUCAAGGUCAUCAUCCAGUUCCUCCAAACAUUCAAGCAAAUCUAGUGAUAAACAUAGAAGUAGCAGUAAAGACAGCUCUAGUAAACAUAGUAGUAAAGAUAAAUCAAGAGAUAAGGACCGCCAUUCAUCUCACAGCUCCAAAUCCAAGAGCAGUAGUAGCAGCUCUAGUAGUUCUAAGAAGAGUUCUAGUAGCACCAGUAGUAGUAGUAGUAAGUCUAAAGAUGAACAAAUCUCUGAGAAAGAUAAGGUUAAAGAAAAAGAUGCAGUAGUCAAAGAAAGAAAAUUAUCUUCAGAGAAAGUAGAGGAGAAAAAUUCAAGUCCUUCUAUACAGAAACUAGGUAAAAUACCCAAAUUGAGUGAUGUGAAAAAAGAAAAGCCUUCAAUAUCCAUUGAAGUGCGGAAACCUGAUGAACCAAAACCCAAAACUGUGAAAACAUUUCAUUCUAAAUUUAGGAAUCAUGGUCUGGCCGAAGAAGUUAAACCACCACCUUCGAGGGCAGCUUUGCUAAAUAAAAAGCCUCCUCCUCCUAUAUUGCCACCAACAGUCUCCAUACCGAAGAGGCCCUCACCUGUCCACAAUGAAACACCACCAGAGAAAAAACCCAAGACUGUUGUUGAAAUGGCUGAAAAACCUGGAUCUAUUAAAUUAAUUCCAGCCAAACCGAAACCUAUGGUCCUACAAGAGAGUGAUAUGUUUAUGGAUGCGUUGAAUGCGUCUGCAACAAAUAAAAAAGAACCCAAGAAAAGGAAGCGGCGUACAAGUGGAUCAAAAGAUGCGUCAACUGAUGGGUCUCCUCCGCAUACUCCCACCAGUCCGACCAGUGAAAGUAAAUCGGUCCCCCCGAGAUUUUAUCAAGACACCCUGGAAGAAGAUAAUAAAGAGAAGAGUCCUGAUAAUAAAGAUAAGAAAACUACAGAAAUUGCUAAAGAAAUUAAUAAAGAAAAUACUGAGAAAGAAGUUUCUGAAGACAAGAAGGCGGAAGAAAUUAUGGACACCACGGAACCGCAUACAUUAACUGUAAAUGGUUUAAAGGGUGUACUUUGUUAUCACAAACGUAAAGGUCCCAAGAAAAGUAUUAGGUGGAAGCCUGAUUCAGAACUAGAAGAAGUUCAAUACUUUGAACUAGAUGAAACAGAAAGGGUCAAUGUCACAAAAACGUUUACUGAUAUGAAGCAUCUGGAAAGAAUUCACGAAAGGGAGGCUUUCCAGAAAGCUAGAAAUCUUAUUAAUGAUGACGUCAUGGAAGAACGGACUAGCUGGAGGCCUUUAAUACCUAUCGAAGCUGAAGGCCAAGUUUACAUAGAAUAUGGUAAAAAUAGCAAAGAAAAAGAUAUACAGGCGAUUCGACAAAAGGGUACACUGCAACCUCUGUAUUUCCAUAAAGCCAUGAUACCAGAUUCACCUCAUGAGCCGGAUCCUGAGACUCAUACAUAUUCUGAGCCUGUAGUUAUACCCUUAGAGGACGUCACUGGCAAUCAAGAUAAUAUUAGUGAUUUUAGAACUAUGCCAUGGCCAGAACCGAAAGGUAACGCGCCUCCUUCAAACAGCAGUAGCAUGAAUGUUCCCACGAUGUUCCCCGCGGGAAUAUCACAAUUCCCAAAUAAUUUCCCUCCUGGUCAGUUCCCUGGUGUACCAGGUUUUCCACCAGGACAGCCAAUGAUGCCUGGAGAUUGGCCGAAUGGAGUUCCUAAUAUAAUGCCUAACGGUAUGCCGGUUCCCAUGCCAGCCCCGGGUAUGGCUCCAGGCAUGGUCCCUGGCCCAAUGGGUCCAGGUCCUAUGCCCCCGGUGAAUAUGCCUCCAGGAAUGAUAGUACCGCCUGAUAAUAUGAUGAUGGGUCCAGACAUGUUCGUGGGACCCAAUAUGUUCGCUGUACCACCAGAAGGAUUUAACAUGCCACAGAAUAUGUUUCCUCCUGUUGACUUUAAUAUGGCUGGUCCUCCCGGUCCAGACGGAUUUGCUCCGCCUGGAAACUUUAGAGGUGCAAUGCGGGGUCGUGGCGCGGGCGGCCAUUGGAGAGGCAAACAAUCUGGUAACUGGGAAGGACCCCAGCGAGGCCGGGGGGGACGUGGAGGAAGUAACCGCAAAACUGUUUGUAUAUAUUUCCAAAGAAAAGGCUCAUGCCGACAAGGUGACAAUUGUACAUUUUUACAUCCAGGUGUCAAUUGUCCAUAUUAAAAUUUAAGAAUAUCCACUUUAUUUUAAUGUAAAAACGUAUGAACUAAUUUUAAUAACUGGGUAGAUAUACAUAAGAUAAAAUAUUAAUUACCUAGUUCCAAAAGACUGUUUAAUGUAAAUAGAUAAUAUUUUGUACAUACUGUAAAGAAUUUAAAAAAUAGUGAUAAUAAAAAAUUCUUUUUAUUUUA